CACGUCUGCAUGCCUGUCUCUGGAUCCACACACACAGCUGCUACAUACUGUAGUGGUCUAACGCAAGGGUUAACCUCUCUGCUCCCCCAAUGCAAACAAGGGGAAACCACAAAAACUCUGAGUUGAGAUAAAGAGAUAUAACAAAGCUCAAUCUCAGGAGCUCCUCUGUAAAGGAUAAACCAGAGAACCAUCAGCACAGGAUUAAAAGUGAAACAAGAAAAAAAUAUAUUGGAGUUAACUCUUUGUGUUUCAAGAGGGGAAAAAUACCUUUUAAAAAGUAUGAGAGAUCGACUCCAAGAGCUCAGACUAAAAGCUAAGGAGCUACAGAUGGAUGGAGAAAGUAACAGUGCAACUGUGCAAGAAGAGGAGCAGAAAAAAUCUGAGCAGCAGGCCAUUAUUUAUGCAAAAGAGCUCCCAACUGAAAGGCACUUACAUGAAAUUCAGAAGCUUCAGAACAAAAUUAAUAAUCUGGUGGAGGAAGUUAAUAAAUUCAGUCAACGACAAAAAAGCCUUGUAUCAUCAAUGAGAAGAUUCAGCAUUCUUAAAAAGGAAUCUAACAUAGCAAGAGAAAUAAAGAUUCAAGCAGAGCACAUACAAAACUGUUUAGAUGAAUUGUCAAAAACAGUGAAAAAAGCUGAAAAUUAACAUGGGCCAUCAGAUGCCACAGUAAGAAUUUUAGCGUCCCAGCAGGCUUUCUUAUCGCUGCGUUAUCUACAUGUUAUGUUUUCAUACAAUGAUUCCAUAACAGCUAAGCAAGAGAAAUGUAGAAGGUUUAUUGCCCGACAGCUUGAAGUAGCUGGUAAAGAGGUAUCUGAGGAAGAAGUCGAUGACAUGCUCCAACAAGGAAAAUGGGAGAUUUCCAAUGAAAAUCUACUCACUGAAGUAAAAAUUACCAAAGCUCAAGUGUCAGAGAUUGAGCAGAGACACAAAGAACUAGUCAAUUUGGAGAACCAGAUGAAGGAUCUACAGGAACUUUUUAUCCAGAUAUCAGUUCUGGUAGAAGAGCAAGGGAUGAUGACCAACAACAUUGAAAUCUGUGUGAACAAUACUCAAGAAUACAUCCAAGAUUCCAAAGAAACAUUUGGGCUUGCAGUCAGGUAUCAAAAAAGAAACAGUUGUAAAGCAAUAUGCUGCUGGUGUUGUCUGUGCUGCCAAUGA